AGCGGGUGCAAAACAAGACGUCUGUAUGUCCAAAGAAUCUCUAGGGGAUAUCUCACUAUAGAUUCUUUGGUAUGUCUGUCGGAAAAUUAUAAACAGCGGGAUGUAUGUGGAGUUUUGAAAAUUUGUAAUUUUAGUAGUAGAAUUUGGAAUUCUCUUCUUUCCUAUUAAAAUUUUACCUUUGCAUAGGAACUGCUGUAGUACCACAUGGAAUUCAUUUAUUGGGAUCGUAAUGAACCACAUUGUUUCGACGAUUAUUCUUUAAUUUUGCCAUCUGUAGCGGUUGGUAAUGUUGGACAGCUUGCUGUGGAUUUACUACUUAAUAAUCUGAGAGUUGAGCAUCUUGGUUAUAUACAUCAUCCAUCUAUCUUGCCUAUAGUUGGUGCUGAUCCAUUUGAUCCUGGAAGGAAGAAACUAGCUACUAGCUGUGAAUUGUAUGAGUGCAAAGAAAAGAAGCUUGUAAUAAUUCAACAGCGAUCACCAAUAGUAUCUAGUAAAGUAUGUGAAUAUCAAGCAUUCCUGACUGCUUUCAUUAAAGAGCACAAAUUUAAAAAAACAGUCUUAUUAUCCAGUAGUUUUUCUCAGUUUUUCACUGUUGAUGAUCUUAGUGGGAUUCCUAUGCAUUAUCUAUGUUCUGUUAAUAUUGCCGAUGAAGAAACGUUCAAAGACUUAUCAUGGAAGAACUUUUCUUUACCAAAAAAUGUUAAUUCUAUUGAAACUUCUAAAAUACCUGGAGGUGGAAUUGCAACCACAUUGUUAGAUGAUUGUAAACAAAAGAAUAUUCCUCUCAUAGUUUUGAUACUUGUGUGUUCUGAAGGCUAUAACUAUCCUGAGGCAUUUCAAAUGGUUACAAAUUUGAAUAAUUGGUUACAUCUUAAGGAGGCUGAUCACACAAAUGAUAUGUGGAAAAUGCCUGUCUCUUGGGCGUUACCAUAUGGGAGUAAUGCACCUCAUACAAUAUACUAACUUGAAAAUUGCGCUGUAUUUCAGUAUGCCUUGAAUGAAAAUUUGUAAUAAAUGUGUAAUAAGUAAUAAAAUUUGUAAUUUUUGUAAUAAAUAUAUGCUUUUUGAAAAAUA